AUGAUCGAGGAAAAACAUACAUGCCCAAGGAUAUUACUUUUUAUAGCCUCCAGAAGCAACACCAACACUAGCCAAGAGGUAUCCAAUGCCCUUUUCAAAUGCAAUGUCUUUAACAAGAUUCAUGAGUCUGAGGAGGAGAAGACGAACUACUGUGGGGAUGAAUUUGAAGAAAUGGGAGAUUACAUUUAUGAUGAUUUAUUUGAGGUGGAUGGUAGGAAGAGAAAGAAUGAAGAUGGUACUCCCAAACAAACGCUCAAGAGGAGAAAACCAAUUAAAAGGACAACAAUUAAGAGGACCGAGAAGUCAUUUAGUGAUGAAUCUAGCGAAGACAACUCUCGGUCUACUACUCGUGAAUCAAGCCAUGUCCCUUCAGCAACGAAUCCUCAAAAGAAAGAAGACAGUUCUCCUACUAGGCAAGACAAGUUUGAUGACAAGUUUGACAAUCCGGUGACUAAAGCCCAGAAUGAUGACAAGUUUGAUGAGCUUACAAAGGAUGUGAAGGAGUUGACAAGGGAUGUGAAGGAGCUGAAAACUGAAAUGAAGGUAGUGAAAGAGGAUCAACGGGUUAUGUUCAAUCACAUAAUCCAAUUAUUGGGUGAAAUAAAACAACAAAAGAAUGAUGUUGCUGCUGAUGAUGAUUUAGUGGAGAAGGAUUUGGAAAUCAACAAAGAUGUUGCUGAUGAGAAUGAUGAUAAUGAUGUUGCCGAUGGAUUGGAGAUGAUAAACAAUGAUGAUGUUGGGUUGGAGGAUGCUGCUGUUGAUGGUUUGGAGAUGAUAAACAAUGCUGCUGUUGUUGAUGAUGACAAAGAUUCUGCUGUUAUCAACAAAGAAGCUGUUGUUGAUGUUGAUCAAAACAAAGAUGCUUCUGCUGUUGAUGGUUUAGAGAUGAACAAAGAAGCUGUUGUUGAUGAUGAUCAAAACAAAGAUGCUGCUGCUGUUGAUGAUUAUGAUAGUGAACUGUUGGAUGAGUUGAAACAAUGGCUGAAGCUGGAGGAUGAAGACAAGAUAAAUCUGGUUCUUUUCCAUGCUGGUCGAGAAUUGUUUAACAGAAUGUUGAGGCCUCAGAAUUGGCUACAUGAUCACCAGGUUAAAGAGAAAUAG